AUGUCGACAACAACCGGUGCAUUCAUUGCUGGCGGCAUUGCUGCUUGCGGUGCUGUCACCGCGACACAUCCGUUCGAAACAGUAAAAAUCAGGCUGCAGCUACAAGGGGAACUGCAGUCCAAAGACGUUGCUGUCAAAAAAUACCGUGGUGUCUUCCAUGGUGUUGGAGUGAUCGUGAAGAACGAAGGCUUGAAGGGAAUAUACCGGGGUAUUGGAUCGGCAUACGUAUACCAGAUCCUUCUGAAUGGCUGUCGCUUGGGCUUCUACGAGCCACUGAGAGCUACGUGCACAAAGCUCAUUUACAAGGACGCCAGUGUCCAAUCCCUCGGCAUCAACAUCUUUUCUGGUGCAUCCUCUGGCAUUCUGGGAGCAAUGGCCGGCUCACCCUUUUUUCUGGUCAAGACCCGAUUACAGUCAUACUCUCCAUUCUUGCCAGUCGGCACCCAGCACAAGUACCGCAAUGCUUUCGACGGACUGUCACAGAUCUAUAAGGCCGAAGGCGUAAGAGGUCUCUAUCGAGGCAUGGGCGCAUCGAUGGUCAGGACUGGAGCAGGAAGCUCGGUCCAGCUACCGACAUACUUCUUUGCAAAGAGACGGUUAAUACGUCAUUUCGGUAUGGAGGAUGGCCCUGCGCUGCACCUGCUAAGCUCGACGGCGAGCGGCUUUGUUGUUUGCAUCUGCAUGCACCCGCCGGACACUGUCAUGGCCAGAUUGUACAACCAGCACGGCAAUUUAUAUAACGGCAUUUUCGACUGUUUAUGGAAGACCAUCUCGACUGAAGGUGUGCUUAGCGUCUACAAAGGAUUCACAGCCCAUCUUGCUCGGAUAUUGCCUCAUACGAUCCUCACUCUGUCAUUAGCAGAGCAGACGAACAAACUAGUACGGGGAGUUGAGAUGAGAAUUCUACCAAAGUCUCUCGAGGAGAAGCUGUAG